AUGGACAAUAAGAAUUCAUACUUAUAUAACUUUAAAGGCCACUAUUUACAACGUCAGUUUGCUAAAAUUGAAAUACUGGAAGCUAUAGAAGAUUUUGAAAUUAGAGAUGAUGAUGUCUUCAUAAUAACAUAUCCAAAAUCUGGAACCAUCUGGACUCAGCAGAUUCUAUCCUUGAUUUAUUUUGAGGGACAUCGUAACAGAACUGAAAACAUCACAACAGCCCUUAGAGCUCCCUUCGUUGAAUACAAUAAUCACAAUGUGGACCAUAGCAAAAGACCAUCUCCUCGCUUCUUCACUUCCCAUCUACAGUAUAAUUUAGUACCCAAAGGUCUGAAGAAUCAAAAAGCUAAAGUUCUUUAUGUCUACAGAAAUCCUAAAGAUAUUUUGGUCUCUUUUUUUUAUUUUACAAAUUGGCUAGCUAUAUUAGAACCUUCAGAUACACUUGACCAUUUCAUGGAAAAGUUUCUAGAUGGAAAAGUGGAAGCAAACUGUUGGUUUGAUCAUAUAAGAGGCUGGUAUGAACACAGAAAUGACUUCAAUAUUAUGUUCAUGUGCUAUGAAGAUAUGAAGAAGGACCUCAGAAGUUCAGUGCUUAAAAUCUGCAAGUUUCUUGCAAAAUCACUGAGUGAAGAAGAUUUGGAUUCUGUUGUGAGACAGGCUGAAUUUCAAAACAUGAAGUGUGAUCCACUAGCAAAUUAUAAAAAUAUUAUAAAAUAUAAAGUUGGAAUUAGAAAUGAUGAGGGAAAUUUCCUGCGCAAAGGUACCAUUGGAGAUUGGAAACAUCAUUUGACUGUGGUACAGAAUGAAAGAUUUGAUAGAAUAUUCAAGUGGAACAUGAGAGAUUUUCCACUGAAGUUCAUCUGGGAUAUAAAUGAGGAGUAG